AGUUUAGGUAAAGACUUAUGGCGGGUAGUGGAGUGUUUACCAUGGCGGCCACACAAACUGACUUACAUCAGUUCUUCAAGGCGAGGAAAGGUGUCCGAGAGACCAAUUUAAUUAAGAAUGGAAAAGGCACACCACCAGGAGUCGCCACGAAGAAGGGACAGGUGAAGAGGGCGCGAGAAGCCGGGACACAGGACAUUAAAGUGUUACUGGGGAAGGUUGCUGCCAAGGUCUCGUCUCUACCCAGCGUUGAACCUCAGGAUGUUGUGACUCGAGCAAAUGAAAAAGUUGUCAAUCCAACACCUUACUUGAAUGCUGAAGAAAAUUCCACUCCUCCUGUAACUCCUAAAAGAAAAAGAGGUGAAGAUGAAGACUCCAAAAGGAAGAAGAGGAAGCAGAUUGAGGAGGAUGGGCUCAAUACACCAGAAGGUCCUGAGAGUAAAAUUAGUGGGCAGCCAGUCAAUAUACAGAGAUCAGCCAAGAAGAAACUUAACAUGGGCUCUAACACCACCUCAGAUAAGUUAACACCAGAGGAGAUAAAAGAACGUUUAGGGAAAUGUAGAAGACUGGAUGAGUUACGUGCCAGACUUCUAAAGGUGAACCAGUGCAGUGAAAAACUCCAACAGUUCAAGGAAAGUACUAUUUCUGAUCUACAGUCAGUUGAACCACCCUCACCGUGUAAAAGGGGCACAAGCUUGCAUUUGAAGAAGUUUACAUCAGUGGAUGUUGAAAUUCCCAUUAGCCCAUGUAAAACCCCUCUGAAGACUCCAGUCAAGGCUCCUGCCUAUGAACGCUUCCAGCAUCUGGUGGAGAAGCCAUCAGAUGAGCUUGUGCUGCCAUACAAAUACCGCUUAAUAAAGGAAGUUUUUCGGGCCAUUGACACAGUUGUCUCUCUCCUCCACAACAGACAAGAAGUUAUCACAUACAGCAAGUUAAAGCCGGCCGUCCAGGAAAUGUUGAGAAGGGCGUUUCAGGAGAAGUACCUCGGGCAGAUAAAAACUGUGUUCCCACUUGCUUAUAUCUUCAAGCAGGAAAGCAACAAGUAUCACAAAAAUACAGGUGCAAGAGACAAACCCAGCAAUCCCUAUGAAUUAACAGUUACAGCUAAUUUGGCAUAUAAACCAUCCUCCACUCAAAACCUUGCCUCCAGGUUUGAUGAAGUUGCUCGUCCUGAAAAUUCUAAGUUUCGCAAAAUGGAUUCCAUAGUGAUGGUUGAGCGCCGCAAUAUAUUCCACAACUCCUUGGUGGACAUCUUGAGGAAUCACCACGAUGAGUUCCUUCAGUCCCUCGACCCACCCAUCAUAAGCUCAGGCAUGAACAUUAAAAGGUGGCAUCCAUCAUUCCCACUCGAAGAUAUGCCAGAUAUUGAGGAAGCUCCUCUGCCACAGCCACCCAUCGCUGAGAAAUUUGAGACUGCCAGAGAUAUUCUUGAUAAAGCCCAGGAUCUCUUCUCGGUUAAUUCCCGGAUGGAAAAAGCUAUGAAAGAGCUAGCAGCAAAGACUCCUGUUAAAGUUGAGCCAGCACCUGUCCCUGUGGCCAAACCAGCCAACAUUGCUGCAGCCUUGAAGGGUGUCUCAAGUUCACUGUUGGAGAAGAUUCGUGCUCGAGAGGCGGCCCAAAUUGCCAGAGACAUGACCAGGAGCAGCGGUGAAAACAAGGAGUUGGAAAUGCUGUCCAGGCUGCCUGAAAUAUCCAGGAUCAUGCGCAACAUAUUUAUCACAGAGAAAAAAGCUGCUUUAUCCUGGGAGGUUGUUGCCGCCAAAGUUACUGCCAGUUACUCGUCCAUGCUGGGUGCAAAUGAAGUGGACAGCCACUUGAACCUGCUGAUAAAAGUAGUUCCUGGGUGGUGUACAGUCCACAAAGUACGAAAUGGUAUAUUCCUUAAGAUCAACAAGAACGAGCAGUUGAGCAAAGUGAUGGACAAACUUGAGUCGGCCAUUAAACAGCGGAGAUAAUCUCACCCGAGGAAGUUGGAUUUCCUUUAUAUUUACAAAUGUUCUGAAUCCAAGUAUGACAGCUAUGAAUGUGUGUUUAAUGUUUCCAGCAAAUGGAAUGCAUUCCUUUCAUAUACACAAAAAGCUUGACACACCAGAUUAGGGUCAGUAAAGUAAAUGUUGACUACGUUUUGCCAUUUUUUUUUUUUUUUUUGCAGUUUUACCCAGAAUUUUAUGGACUUUGUACUUUAUUGUACCAAAGAUAUUUUGUUAGAAUUUAUUUCAUAAUGGUUACUGUACCAUGUCUAGAGUGAAUUUUAUUUUUUAAAUGGCACAAGUAGAAUGGCAAUUUGAUAAAACUGCAUUGAAAAUUCAUGUACUGUAUGGGGUAAUUAAUAUGGUUUGGCGAAUGGCAUACAGCACUACAAACCUUAAGAAUUUGAUUAAGAUAAUUUGUGAUUGUUUUUGUUAAUAGUCAGUUUUUUGUUCCAAAUGCAAUUUUGAUAUUCAGAAGAUACUGGUUUUGAGAUAUUGUUCUGAGUGAUGACACAAUGCAUUAUACUAUAGAUUAUAUGAGGCACCGAGUGCAACAAGGGGCCAAGUGCCAAAAAUCACAAUGGAAAAAAAAAAACAUUCAUAAAGUUUGGAAAAAUUCAAAAUGUCAUAACUUUUGAACCAAUGAAGGUACCGAGCUCAUUCAGGUGGUAGUGUGUAGAGCUCUUAAAGUUGGUUUUUGAUAGGUGGUGUUUGCAGUUUCAUUAAUAUGCAUUGUUCAGGUAUAAUUUUCAUUACAUGGAAGCAAUAAUGUAUUAAGACCACACCAGAAAGUUAAAGGUCAUCAAUGGCCCUCCCUCCCUCCCUCUUUCCCUCCUUUUUGCCAGUUGGGAAAAAAUGGUUCAAGUGUUAUUGCAUAGCAUUCCUAUGACAUUUUUGUAGAAACAUGGACUCCCAUAGCUAAGAAACUGGAAAAUGAUGAGUCACUAUGAGCGAGAGAGGCUACGAUUGGGGGCCAUGGGUGCUUGUACCCCUCUCCCCCUCAUUCCGCCUCUAGGCACAGAUCACACGCUAUAGAGAUGCUUUUACAUACAUUCACUAAUAUGGCUCUCGGCCUUUCAAAUAUUGCACUACCGGGACAGUUUGUUUUUCUGCAGAUAGAGGAAAGGCUGGGGAGUACAGAUAAUAAUAUAACUCAAUUUUUGGGGGAUGGCAUUUGGCCGCUCGUCACACUCAGCGCCUCUUAUUUGGGUUAUGUUUUCUUAUAUUAACCCUUAUUCACGUAUACAGGAGUAUUGCUUUCUGGAACUACCUUGCAUUAUUCUCCUUGGUCAUUAUCAGUUAUUUAUUGAGGUUUCUUUUCUCCAUUAUUAACCACACAAACAUGAGUGAUGAACAAAGAUGAUAGAUAGAUGAAAAGACUUGCAAAACUCUCCCCAAAUACAGUUUAGUUGACCACAACCUCCAUAUUUGGAUGCUAAUCAGAUCGACAAUGCCUGAAAUGCUCACCGAGAUAUUUUGACUACAUGUAUUUGUUUGGCAAUGAUGUCUAUUUAUUAUCUAUUAAGAAUAUAUACCAUAAUGUAGGAAAGUGUUAAUAGUUUUAAGGCAGACUGUCCAAGUGGAGAAAUAGGACAUCAGUUUUUUUUUUUUUUUAACCCGUAAGUAAUGGCCAUCAUCUGUGAAACUUUAGUGUUUACCUGCCACUAAAGGGUUAAGAAUAUGGAGCCACUUCUGACUUAAAAUGUGAAUUGAUUAAGAUAAACCAUUUGUAAAAUGUAGAAGUCAUGUAUUUUACCUGUUGGCCUCUGAGUCGGUCAAUUUACUAUAAGUACCCUGUAUUGUAUUUUCUGGUUUUAUUGAACAAAUAUUUGUUGUACCUGGUUUUCAAAUAGCGAGUCCUAUGAAUUUAUGUUGUUUGUGAUAUCUUCAGUAGUUUUAAGUAAAGCAAAAUAGGCAAAAAAUGUACUAGUAGUGCCAGUGUGGGGAGCUUCAUUAAUCUUCCCUGUUAAUACUGAGUGCCUUUGCAUUUUUUGUGUGUGUUUCAAAGAGUUUAAUCAAGUGCCUUCCAGUAUUUUGUGAAUAUUGCUUUCAUGUAGACUGUCAUUUUAUGAUUGCAUAGAAAAAAAAUUACAGGCCCAAUAAUUUAAAUAAAUGAAUUUUGAAGGUCAGUUCCAGUGUGUGGUUAUACAGUACUGUAUUUGUACUUAGCCAUGUAAUAGGAAGUUGAAUAUGUACUGUAUAUAUAAUUUUUUUAGUGUGUACCUAUAUUUUUUUAGAGAAUGAACUAAAAUUUUGUUACUUCAGAAAUGAACAAUUAUGAACAAA